UACCACGUGAACAGCCUACGACGGAGGUUCGCGACGUGGACUAGGGAUCCACGAUGGCACAGUCAGCUGCCUAAGGUCCGGUUGGCCAGUCGCAGCCAGGAAAGUUCUUCUCAAGGUAGACGCGUGUAGCAGCCAGGUACAACGAUGGCGGACGAUGAGGAAAAGAAGAGGAAACAGGCGGAGACCGACAGAAAGAGGGCGGAGGUCCGCGCCCGCCUCGAAGAGGCUUCCAAAGCCAAGAAGGCGAAGAAGGGUUUCAUGACCCCUGACAGGAAGAAGAAGCUUAGGUUGUUGCUGCGUAAGAAAGCCGCCGAGGAAUUGAAGAAAGAACAAGAGAGAAAAGCUGCGGAAAGGAGGCGCAUCAUCGAGGAACGCUGCGGAAAGCCCAAGGACACCGACAACGCGAGCGAAGCCGAGCUCCAGACGAUCUGUUCGGCAUAUUGGAACAGACUAUACUCGCUCGAGGGCGAUAAGUUUGACCUCGAGAGGCAAAUUAGGUUGAGAGAAUUCGAGAUCGCGGACUUGAACAGCCAAGUGAACGACCUCCGAGGUAAAUUCAUGAAACCCACGCUGAAGAAGGUCUCGAAGUACGAGAACAAGUUCGCCAAGCUCCAGAAGAAGGCUGCCGAGUUCAACUUCCGUAACCAGCUUAAACAGGUUAAGAAGAAGGAAUUCACCCUCGAGGAGGAAGAUAAGGAGCCCAAGAAGUCCGAGAAGGCAGAGUGGCAGACGAAGAAGUAGAUUUUAAAAAGCCAAAAGAUAAAACGAAAACAACCAUAAAAAAAAAAAAGAGAUUGAAUGAAACCGAUACACAAACGCACGCGUACACAGAGAACAUGUAAUAACAAUGUAACGUUGAAAGAGCUUUAGUAUCCACAAACGCAUAAAGUAUAAAGUAACGUCCGCGUGCACGCGUUUUUAUUUCGAACCGUGCGUAAACAGCGCAGAAUCGAAAAGAGAAGCGCGAAUGUCAGGAAGCCACGACCAAUACACACUCUGGAGAAAUGUUUUCCUUCGUUGUCACAUCCGACGAUUACCGCACGUUUAUCAACGUGAUCUGUUUCGCCAUUAUUUCCCACCCUCGAACCGUUCGCAAAAAAUUCGUUCGUUUUACUGUACAGCAUGGAUCGUGCCGCGAGCAAAUAGUAGAUUGCACGUACGAUAGUCAGGUUAUAAUUCGGGUCUCUUCCUCGACUCGUCGAUGAUCGGAUCGCGAGUUACGAAACGAGAGAAAUAACAAGAAAGGGAAUAUCUGUGUUUCAAUAAAUGAUCGAAAAAAGUGCAUGUCAAUGGAGCCACAUGUUUUCGUCGAAUAUCAUUUCUCGCAUUUCCAACCCUUUUUCAACGACACGACAACUUUUACAUUCGCGGGUGAAUUUUUUUUAUUCGACAGAACAAUGUUUUGGUUUUCGAUUUCCGUUUUGUAUAUAAAAAAAUGAAGGGAAUUCACUUAUCGUUGCCAAACGAACGAUACUGGAAACUAAUUGAACGAACAUGUGCGCAGCGUAAAUUGUUACUUUCCGAUAGUUUUCGGUUUUAGAAAUUCCGUUGUUUUGAAAACUGUAUGAAAGGGAUUGGAUGUACAUUUUUUUUCCAAAAAUUUAUUUUGCAUACGGAACCAUGCUCGACUGCGAUUCGAUUCGCGAUGGCCGCCAAAGACGACUAUUUUUUCAGUCCAGAAAUCCAUAUGGCGUUCGAUAACGCGAGGGAUCGAGUGUUAUCGAGAACCGAUCCGCUCUGCUCCACUAAUUUUUUCUCCGCGCUUUGAAUUCUUUUCUUUCUAUCCACGUUUCAAUCUUCCGUGACGAUACCAUUCGAGAGUCAUCGUCGAUGAUCGCGUCUACGCUGUAAUUUGCUUUUUAACUCGCGUCUCGCUGUCGUUUUCUUCUUUACCUAUCUCUCUCUUUCUCUCUCUCUCUCUAUUAUAACUCGGUAAUCUGCGCGACAAGCACGCAAUACUCGGUAAAAGUAACUAUUAAAAGAGAAAAAAUAUAUACAUAUAAGAGAAGCGAUAAAAGGUGAGAAUGGCUUACAAAGUAUAUUUAAGAACUCACAGACUUUUCUUCCUCAUUUCGUACGUAAUAGCAGAAGCGCUUUACUCACAAGUGCCUUUUCACUCUUCUCUAUCUCUGUUUCUAUCACUUACUCUAAUUAUUCAUUUAUUUACUGUGUCUGCACUCAUUUUCGUUUAUCUUUUGCGUCUCUUUUUACGCGUUGAUCGCGCGCAGGCUCCCCCACGCAAAACACCGCAGUUAGGGAAAUGAUUGUCGUGUGCUGCGCAAGUUUAAGAAAGGUUCAAAGGGGCACAUUCAAACGAAGGCUGAUCACUUUCACUUAAAAUCUCUUUCCAAGACGCAAUAAAGCUCUCUUGCAGCUUGCCUUUACCGCCAUCGUUCGGCUGCCAUGCUUCCAGGCUGUACAUGUGUAGGAUUGUUGUCCCGUCUGAAUUUUUGUUUAAUCGCGACCGCGCAUCGAGCCUCGUGAUUGUUUUCUUUUAUGGAUUAUUUAUUUUUUUAUUAUUAAAAUUCUGAGGAUGGUGUCGACUUUGGAAACAGGAAAUCUUUAGCGAUUACUGGGACUUUCGAAGUUGAUGUAUGUUGUGCUUGAUACUAACUGAGACAUCCAGGUGUAAACUGUAUACCUUUGAGUAAGAUACACCUGGAACUCUCAAUUAGUAGCAUGAGGAUUUAUGGAAGCCUCAGUUGGUAGCAUGAGGAUUUAUGGAAGCCUCAGUUAGUAGCAUGAGGAUCCAUAGGAGCCUUAGUCAGUAUCGUGAGGAUUUAUGGAAGCCUCAGUUAGUAGCAUGAGGAUCUAUAGAAACCUCAGUUAGUAGCAUGAGGAUCUAUGGAAUCCUCAAAUAUCUCACGACAUAUUUCAAUUCGAAAACAAGCACAUCACACCGUUGGAAUAUUCGAUUAAAAUACAUUUAAUACGAAAUAUCAAUUUCUGUAGAGUAUUUGAAAAGAACUAGUCGAUGCGCGGUUCGAUCCUGCCACUACCGUCGAUCGUGAGUCAUGCCGGCGGCGAUCGAAGUUUCCACGAUCGAUAGCAGCACGCGAGUCGCGUGUAACGGAGACUUUGAUCGUCCAUGAAUCGCGAGCGACGCGUUGUUAAUCGUUAAGUUAUUAAUUAGUACGUAUGCUCUAAUAAUUGUCCACGUCUUAUCUGUUGACUAAUGAUGUUGCUCUUGCAUUAUGUUCGCAGAACGCGUCAAAAGAUAAG